AUGGACGGAGCGCACGCAGGCGAUGAGCCUGUGGCGUACGCCACGAAUGUACCUAGUGUACUUGAGAAUGCGACACGGACUACGGAUACCAAGGACACGAGCGCGGCAGAGGUCGAGACGCGUGUCGACGCACCUACCAUGCCCGAUCCAAACACAGACGCGGCGCCGAGAGAGCUUCAGGCGCACUCGGGUGCACCUGAAGCCGAACAGCCUGCGCCUGUGAACGAGGAGGAUCGUUCAGAGCCCGAGUCCGAGGCAGUAAAGGAGGCGAUGUCCCAGAGCGUGCCUGGCACGGAAUCCGAGGCUGCUUCUGCCGAGGCACCUACCGAAGGGGCUACCAAAGGGCCUACGGAAAAAACACGGGCCGCGACAGAGAGUGAGCCGCAAAGCGCAUCGAGUACGCCAGCACAAGGCGAGCCUAUGCACGACGAGCAAGACGCGCCGCAAGAGCCGGCACAGGACGCCUCUAGCGCUGCGCCCACUACGGACAAGGAACCCGCUUCCAAACCCGACGACGCGCCAAAGGAGGAUGCCCCGAAAGAAGAUGCCCCGAAAGAGGACGCGGCAAACGGGGAUCUGUCCAAGGAGGACCCACCUAAGGACGAUACCUCCAAAUCUGACGCUCCAAAGUCGAGCGCACUAAAGCCAGACACCAAGCCAGACGCACCAAAGUCCAAACCUACGGAGCCGACACGUCCAAAGUCGCGCCGCGUCGCGCUUCUGACCCAGCCGCUCGGCACGCCCGUGGAACGCACCGAAGCGUCGCCUGCACCGACCGACUCGGAGGCCGACAAAGGCUCCGCAUCCGAUACGGACCGCUCCGGAGAGAGCGACACCGAGAACCCCACCGAGACGGAGGAGGACGGUGCGGAGGCAGCCGACAAGAGUGCCGAGGCGAUGGACGAAGACAGCUCCGACUCGGGGGAGGACGACACCGGCAGUGCUUCGCGCAAGCGGCCGCGGAGUCCCAGCCCCGAGGAGGACGAGCCCGAGUCGGUCUACUCCGGCCCACCUCCUCGCCCGACGAUCCGCCUCGAGGUCGAGGUGCACCCCGGCGGCUCGAGCAAGAGCGACUACAUUAUCCCCGUCCCCAAGCUGUCGGUGAGCCGCAUGCAGUCCAAGCAUCCCAAGUGGGCGGCGUGGUACAGUGCGACGUAUCUUGAGGGCGAGUCGUCGCAUGCGAGCUACCAGCCCGUGGGCCUUUCCGAGCAAGAACUCGAGGAUCUCGGCGGCCUUGCCAAGCUCCUGCAAAAGUACCCCUCGCAAAACACGAGCGGAAAUCCGCGCAAGCGCCGUGCGGAUGAGUACGACGUCGGCUCGUACGAUACCAAGGACCCCUUUGUCGACGACUCCGAGCUGGGCAUGGACGAGCCGACGCAUAUUGUCAAGACGCGCUCGGAUGGCUUCUACGUCGCGCUGGGCCCCGUCGAGCUGGCGCGUGCCAAGAUGACGCGCCCGUCAUCGCGUUCCGAGUCCGCCUUUCGCUCGAGUAUCGGCAGCCUCGGCGCACGCGAGGGCUGGGCGGGCUACGCGCGCCAGACAAACAAACUCCUGGCGAAGCGCGCCGCCUCCAAAAAGGGACACGGUCCACGGACGGACAAGGGCGAGAGCGAGACGGCGCCGACGCCGCCCGCCGACGGCACGCCGUCUGAGCCUGAGCCAUCGCCUGCGCCGCCACGCCCUGCGCCUGAACCCAAGCCUGCUGCGGAGCCCUCGCCUCCCGCGUCGGGUCGCGACAAGGCAGAAAAGAAAAAGAACAAAUACCCCACGCAUCCCGUGCAUCCCCAGCUGCAGACCAUGUUUGACCACCUCAAGACCCUGGUCCAGCGUGCGAGCUUCGCGGUAAAGACCAAGUUUCCCCCCGAGCUGAAGCCGCCGCUGAUCGACACCGCAAAGCUGGCCGUGGAGCUGGACGAGUACAACGAGAACUUCUUUAACUACCUUCCAUCCAUCUUUCCGUACAACCGAUUCACCAUGAUGAAAUUGACGAAACGCGAGUUUUUCCCCAAGCACAUGGAGUACUAUCGCGAGCUGCAAGAAGAGCAUCUUGAUAUCCUCUACAAGCUGAUCCAGGACGACUUUCCGCGGCAAGAGGCCGAGUACGCCGCCUCUGCCGAGCAUACCGAAGGCGAGAAGGACGCGGCGGCGGACAAGGUGCCCGAGUCCCCUCCCGAUGACGACCAGCCGGACGAGAAGGAGAACGACGGCGAGGGCGAUGUGGACAUCAGCACGGACGACCACGCCAAGCGUUUCCGCUGGAACGACGAGAUGCGCGACGAGCUCUUUACCAUUGUCACGGUCGAAAAUGCGAUGAGCGAAAUCCGCAACGAAAAGCUCAAGCUGGAAAACUCGCCGGACACCUACAGCGAGAUCAAUGCGCGCAAGGCGCUGUACAAACGGAUUGCCGACUUCGUCCCGGAAGGCUGGAUGAACUCGACCAAUGUUUCGCGCGAGUACGGCACGCUGAAAAAACGGCGCGAUCGCGACGCAUUGAUGGAGUUGGACGAGAUGUAA